GGGCAAAGUUUGCGUCACAACUCCAUAAAUCGUUGACCCGUCUCGACUCGAGAAGCCCACACCCAGACGCUCCCGCACUCCAAAUUUAGGCUGCUACAGCUUCAAACUUACAAGCUCAGACUGGUUUUGCAAUUUCCGCAUCGAGCAGCAGAGCCUCGCGCAAAGGAGAGCAGCGGUCGUCAGCCGUGGGAGGCUGAGCUAGAUGGCGAACUUGGUAGCUUAGCAAGCGCCGUGGAUGAGACGGCCAUGUCCGCUCAGGCACAGCCUGCUGGGCAAGGCCCCGGCAAGAAGCCGCUCCACGUUGCUAUACCUGGAGAUGGAGGGGCUGGUGGUGGCGGUGCACUUGACACGCCCUUAGACUUCCAGUCGCCCUCGUUUGAGUCGCUGGGCUUGUUCUCGCUCGGCCCCAACACUGGUCGGCAGAGCCAAUCAGGGAACGAGAUAGCGGGCUCACUACUCUCUCCUUUUGGCAACGGCCUCCAGGACCUGGACCUGCUCAUAUCUCCGCUACUCACGAAUGGAGCAGCUGGGGGUUUCAAUGCGGAGGGCGGCCCAGGAGGGCAGCCGGGGCAAGGCAGUGUGCCUGGGCAGGGGGCAGCGCACCAGCAACUACCGGGGACGCAGGGUGCAGGCGCUAGCACGUCAGGGCAAGGGCAAGCUGGAGGCACUGCUGGAGAAGCAGGCCCUGGCCCAGGCUCCUCUGCUGCUGCGGCCGUGGCCAGCCUUGCGGGGAGAGACCCGGCAGCAGCCGCAGCGGCUAUCAGAAAGGCUAUGGGGCCUCCCUCCACCAUAUCUGCACAAAUGCAGCAGAAGCUUGGGUUGUCUGGCGGUGCUGGAGGGUCGAGCACGGACGGUGACAAGAAGAGUGGGCGAGCGGGUGGCUUGCCACGGCCACCGCCCCUUACCAUCCCGGCUGACGUACCUUCGAACAUCAUCACUGGCAUCAAUGCGAUUGGUGGCGCGACUGGGAUGUCACCGUUGCCCAGCAUACUCAACUCACUCAACUCGCCGCUGCUGUCAGCCUCGGACAACGCACAGCUGCAGGCAAUGUUCCAGCAGCUCGCACAGAGCACCCGUGGUGGGCAGACGCCGGGGCUGCUGGGAGCCCUGACCCCCGGCACAGCGGGUGCUUGGCCGGACUCCACCAAAUCCGGCGGGGGCACGCUACGGCAGCUGCUGGAAAUGCAGGACGGGCUCGGGGAUCUGGGUCUGGGUGACAUGAGCGACAUCGACGAGGCAGCCCUAGCAGAUGCACUGUUCAGCAAAGGCUUCCUGGGGCCACUCAGCGCGCGCCGCACGUCAAUAACGAGCGGCGCGGGUGCUGGCGGCGGACGGGAUGCCGGCGGCAGUGACGGUGACGGAGCUGGCGGCAGCGGCGGAGCUGGCGGCGCGGGUGCGGGCGAGCUGUCAGCUGAGCAGCUGGCCAGCAUGGGGCUGCAGUCGCCCUCAGCGCUGGGCAUGGGCGGGAACGGGCACGUGCUAUACAAGGGCGUGCACUAUGACAAGGACCAAGACAUGUGGCAGGUUGUUGUGUUUGACGGCUCACGGUGUACCGUAGUCGGCGAGUACACAAACGAGCUGGAGGCGCUGGUGGCCAACGAGCUGCUGUCUCCGGCGCAGCCCAUGCCCGGCAACCUCAACACACUCCUGGCGGGCGGCAACGCGGGCGCAGGCGGCAGCCAGGGCGGCGCAGGGCCAUCGGGUGCAGCCGCAGGCGGGGACUCGGGAGUGGCCAACGGCGCGGGUGGGCACGCGGCAGGGCAAGGCGGUGCAGGCGGGGGCCAGGGCCCCAGCGGCGCCGGCAAUCGCACUCCCAGCGUCACUGAGUAUCUGAGUCGGCUGGCCAGCGGCAACAACCUCCUUGGAGGGCCGCUCAGCCCCGGCGGAGCGGGGCUGUCGCCACUGUUUUCAGCGUUAUCGCCGGCAGGUGGAGGCGGCUUCACUGCCCUGCUGCUACCGACGCCGCGGGAACCGGGCAACGGCGGCGCAGGGGCACACCUGCUGCCGUCUCCAACAGGCUUCGGGCGUGGCGGACUGGGGCAGGGGCAGGACGCCCCGCCCCCUGGGGCAGCAGGCCAGGCGCAGGGGCUGGAGGGCGACGAUGACGGGGGCCAAGUCGCCUUGCAUGGCGUAGAGUUCAAGCCAGAAGAAGGGAAAUGGGCAGCCGUGAUCAAUGACGGCGAGCACACCGAGGUGGUGGGCCUGUUUGAUAGCAACAUCGAGGCAGCUCGCGCCUACGACCAGGAAGCGCUGCGGCGGCUGGGCCCUAAGGCGGAGCUCAACUUCCCGCUAGAGGCGCUGAGCGCGGCGGUGGCGGGCCUGACUGGCGGCCAGCCGCUGCCGCUGGGAUUGCCCGGCGGCGGCCUGCUGGACCCGAACCUGGCGGCGGCCGGUGGCUUUGAUGCCGUGCAGCAGGCGGCUAUGGCGCUCGGCUUGACCGGGCUAGCGUCCGGCAUGCAGGGGCUUGAGGGCGGUGUAGGCGGCGGCUAUGACGAGGAGGGCGACGAGGAGGGCGACGACGACGACGACCACCUGGACCUGGGGCCGCUGCCGCUCGCCGGCGCUUUCGGCACGGCGGCGCGGGGGCGAGGCCGCGGGCGCGGGAGAGGGAGGGGGCGAGGCCGCGGGAGAGGGAGGGGCCGGGGGCGCGGUCACGACGACGAUGACGAGGACUUCGUGCUCGGCAGCUUGCGCAACGAGGCGUCCAGCUCUGGCCGUGGGCGAGGGCGGGGUCGCGGCCGUGGUCGCGGCGCCACGCUCACAACCAUCAUGCCGUCACAACCCGCCCCGGAGAUCAUCGGGCCUGACGGCAAAAAGGAGUCGGUGUAUCGAGGCGUGGUGUGGGACGAGAAAGAGAACAAGUGGCGGGCCCAGAUCGUCGAGAACAACGGCAUCAACUACCUGGGCUACUACGAUACGCAGGAGGAAGCGGCGCGCGCCUUUGACGGCGCGGUGCUGCGGACUGGCUCCAAGGAGCUGCUCAACUUCCCGUUGGUUCCCAAGGCGGCGGCGCCGAAGGCGCGCGGGCCGCGCGGGCCAGGCAAAGUUGAGGGCGAUACACGGCGAGCCAAGGUGACGUCCCAGUACAAAGGCGUGUCCUGGAACAGCGCCUGCUCCAAGUGGGUGGCGGUUCUGUGGGACCGCGAGCUCAAGCGCGCCCGCCACAUCGGCAGCUACGAGAGUGAGGAGGACGCGGCGCGCGCCUACGACAAGGAGGCGCUGCGCAUGCUCGGGCCGGAGGCAGGGCUAAACUUUCGCGAGAGUGCCGCGGACUACCUAGCGGAGAUCGGCGCGGACGGCAUGCCGGAGGGCAGCCACAACAGCAACAAGGGCUCCAGCCAGUACAGGGGCGUCAGCUGGCACGAGCGCAGCCAGCGGUGGGAGGUCCGCGUGUGGGGCGGUGGCAAGCAGCACUUCAUCGGGUCCUUCACAGAAGAGGUGGAGGCCGCUCGCGCCUAUGACCGGGCGGUGCUGCGGCUGCGGGGCCAGGACGCUCGCAGCCGCAGCCGCAUGAACUUCCCGCUGUCGGAGUACAACAUGGACGACCUGGGGCCCAUGCCAGGAGCUGACGCGGGGUUCCUAGGGCUCAUGGGUGGCCUGCGCUCGACGCCGGAGCCCAAGCCGAAGAAGGCGCAACGCAAAAAGCGGGGGCGGGACGAUGACUACAGUGACAGCGACGACGACGGCAUGCCCGUUCGCGGCCACUACGGCAGUGGUGGCGGCGCAGCCCAGUCCGCUGCCGCUGCCAACCGCGCCGCGCAGCAGCAGCUCACGGCAUUCCUGCAGACCGCACUGCAGCAGCAGCUGGCCGCGGGUGGUGGCCCAGGUGGAGCAGCCGGUGCUGGGCCGGGCGGCGUGCCGGGCGGCGCUGGGGGUGAUGCGGAGCAGCAGGCCCGUGCCCUGGCCGCGCUCACGGCGGCAGCUGCAGCGAGUGGGCUCGUGCUGCCUGGGCUGCCGGGCAUGCCAGGAGGCGGCUUGUUGGGCAUGCUGACGGGGCUCGGAGGUUCGGGGCCUGGGGCAGGAGCUUCGCCGACGCAGGGGAAGCCAGGAACUUCGCCGCCUCUGCCAGGCGGUUUGCUGUCGGCCAACAAGGCACCCCCGCCUCCGGGCAUGCCGGGACAGCCCCCUCCUCUGGGCCCUUCCGCACAGCUAGGCGGUGGCGGGAUGGGUCCGGGCGGGGAAGAGCAGCACAUGGCGGCGAGUUACAUGGGCGGGCCUGAGCCGACGGACGAUGACGGCGGCUUUCACGACAUGGGCCCUAUGGGGCACAUUAUCAAGCAGGAGCAGCACGUCUUGAACCUGGGCGGCCCCACACAGCCACCGGGAUCCGGCGGGAGCGCAGGGCUGGGUCACAAGCAAGAACCUGCGACGGGCAUGCCACCAAGUGCAGCGGCUUUAUUCAUGGACACCUCGGAAAGCCCUAUGGGCAAGGGCCCAGCCCCGGGGCCCGGCGGGCUGCCGCCAGGCUUUGCAGCUGGGAGCGAUGGCGGUAGCCCAGCACCAGGCAGCGGUGGCCCCGUGCUCAACCUGGGUGGGCUGCUGGGGCCCCAACCUCACGGCCAGGCGGCUCGAGGCGGACACGGCUGCGGCGGCGGGGCGCAGCAGUUCCAGGUCAGCUCUGAGCUGUCUCCGUCAGCCGCAGCUCAUACAGCGGCGCCACCGAGCGGCAAGCCCGUGCUGGACCUGGGCCCAUCGCCUGCUCCUCCGCCGGCAGGGCCCGGCGUGGCACAGCCAGCACCAGCGGCAGCAGGCGGCGGUAGAAGGGGCAAACGAGGGACCGAAGCCGCGCUGGACCUCGGAGGGCCAGUGGGCGGUGGUAGCGGGCCGGCAGACCAGGAUGCGCCAGGAAGCGCCGGCGCCGGUGUUGUUUUAAAUUUGGGGGGCACGCCACCGGCCACCAAGCGGCGGCGUGGAGAUGCUGAUGCCCACUGAGCUGCCAGUAAUCGGGUCGGCAGAGCUGACCACUGAGUUUCCUUGUGCUUAACAGGUUGGGCUGCACGGCUGUUGGGUUUUGUGACAGUGGUUCUGCAAACACGGAAGUAACGCAAUGUCAAGUGCGCCGAAGAUGGUCAAAGCCAAAGGCGGCACCGUAGAGUUGCUCAUGAAACCGCUCUGGCGGGAGGUGUACAGACGGGCUGGACCUUUACAGUUACAUCGGGACUACUCUGAAGCUAGAGCAUUGUUCAGGGUUCAGGGCUUGCAAGUGCCUUGUACUUACACCGCACGCAGUAGAUGCGUGACGGGGUGCUGAUGAUGGGGGAUGAUGACAGCCCGCUGUACUUCGAUGGAUAACAUAACAAUUGACAGUUGUUCGAGUCUCUGGCUCUCUGCAAAUCGUAAGAGCCAAAGGGUGCAUCCCUAGGAAGAGCGGACCACCAGGCACCAGCAUCGCUGAUGGGCGGUGCUUAUGGACGAGACUGAAGCCUUCUGGUUACAGAGCACAUGCAUACAGAGAGCACGUCUGUAACCAGAGCU